ACCAAAUCCCAUCACUUGGACAAUAAUGCUUCACAUGGGAUUCAUUUCCACCAUUGAUCUCUGACUAUCCAGUGGGUCGUAAAACUUCAUGCCAAUAAAAUAGACAAAUCAUGACAAGCAUGAGUCGGUGGAGGACACAUCAUCCCACAUAGAAAAACACACAAAGAAACAAAACUCUCUUUCCAUCACUAACUUUUUUAAAUACCAAAUUGAAGUCUGAGAGUGAAGCUGAGAACCACUGCAGUAUAAAAAAUCAUUGGGAGAUAUGAUUUACAGGAUAGUAGAUUGAAGUGGGUCUGUGAAAAAAUCAAAGAAAAAGAAUUCAAUCAUGGAGAGAAUCGUGAUUGUGGGCAUAUGGGUAUUAAGUAUUGCAGUGAUAUUUGGCUGUGUGGAAGUGGAAGGCUACACGAAUUAUACAGUGGGGGACAAGCUAGGAUGGUUCGACAAGCUCAAGAAACCCAGUGUUGAUUAUGCCAAAUGGGCACAAGGGAAAAACUUCAGUCUCGGAGACUAUCUAAUUUUCAAUACAGACACGAACCAUACAGUGGUCCAAAGUUACAAUUCCACAACGUACAAGAUGUGUGACAAUCUAGAUGCUGAGACCGAUGACACCAUUGAGUGGUCUACUGCUGACCCAUCAACUGAUGCAAAGCCCUCCACAGUACCUGUCCCACUGGUUAAGGAAGGCAUCAACUAUUUCUUCUCAGGAGCUUAUGAUGGAAUUCAGUGCAGCAAGGGAGGACAAAAGUUUCAAAUCAUGGUGGCCCAUGGGCAGGGCCUCCCUGCCUCACUUAUGAGUCCUCCUCCUAGUGCCCCUGCCCCAGAUGAUGAAGAUGCUGACUCAACACCUGUCACAAAUGUGCCUCUGACACCUGUUCCAGAGGGAUCAAACACUCCUGAUGACUCUGGCACAUCAACCGAUUCCAACAACCAAAAUCAUCUGCUGCCCUUUCAUGGUUUGGGUUUUGUUGGCUUGGCCUCUGUAUUGGGUUUGCAGUUCUUGAUUGGAUAUGGUGAUCUGUUUCUGUAAGGAGAGUAUAAUGCAGGUAUUUGGGUCUACAGAAAAAGUGUAGGAGUCAGUUUCCAAUAAGCUUCCAUAGUCCAACAGUGCCUAUUUUUUCAUUUAAUUUUGGUAUUGAAUUAAUAAAAGUUGAUUACAGUUGAUCUUAAGAUAUGAUUAUCUCUGUUUUUAGAUCCAUAUUAUGGAAAGUCAUUUGUAGAUUCAUAAACAGAUCAUUGAGUAUGAUGGACAAUAAAAGAAUCUAUUUACAUUUC